AUGUACCAACUCUGUGGGAUUGGCGGUACAGGUGACACUUUAGCAGCUGCUAAUUUCAAGGACCUGGAGGAGCAUGUCGGUUUAAAAGACAAUUGUCUUCUUCAAUUUCAAGGAAGAGUAAUGGAUGGCCAAUACAUCAAUGAACCGUUUAUUGAUGGCAUGAACAGUAUCAUGCAUCUGUUGGAUGAUAAUCUCCCAUGCAAAGAACGUUUCUGGUGGCCUGUACAAUGGAAUCCUGCACAUUGGCUGGACAAAGUUUUCAGCACAUUUAAGGAUUCAUGUUUUUUGUUGAUCGUCUCCUGA